GCUCCACUCCAGGUUCCUACGGAGCGGAGGCGCCCGGGGCUCCAGACUCCCCGCCAGCGCCGGCAAGAUGCUGCCGGCGUACCCGGAGGUGCCGCCCAGCCCGCUGCGGGACGCGAACCUCUGCUCCCGCCUGUUCUGUUCUGGAAGCUAGAAGUCUGAAAUCAAGAUGUCAGGAGGUUCAAGAUCUCUCUGAAUCCUGCAAGGGGUGAGAAAUGGAAUAUUGCCUGCCGUAUCAGUCAACAAGGAUGUCACACUCAUCAGCGACUGCAGCGCUCCAGAAUGAGCUGGUGAGCCCUGAGGAAACUCAGGAAGGGAAAGAAUACCUGCCAUCUAGCGGCCGUCAGACUGCAGCCACUCCCUGUGGGAGCCCCGAGGAGACUCAGGAUGUGAAAACACAGGAUACUGGCCCCAGAUAGCUGAGGUGCAUGUCAAGGGAAUGAUUUCGACUUUUCCGUUACUUGAUGAGAUAUCCCAGUGCAACCCUCAGCUGCCAUCAGAUGGUAAAACCGUAGUGGACGUGCAAGAUUUCACUGCCUUUUGGGAUGAGUCGUCACUGUUGAGUGCUGUGCUGGGGGAGCUGCCCCUGAGCCAGGGGCUGGUCAGCGUGCACGGGAGGAUCGCGUAUGUUUCUCAGCAGCCCUGGGUGUUUCCAGGAACUCUGAGGAGUAAUAUUCUAUUUGGGAAGAAAUAUGAAAAAGAACGAUAUGAAAAAGUAAUAAAGGCUUGUGCUUUGAAAAAGGAUUUACAGCUUUUGGAGGAUGGAGACCUAACCGUGAGAGGAGACCAGGGCACCACGCUGAGUGGAGGCCAGAAAGCCCGGGUCAACCUCGCCAGAGCCGUGUAUCAGGAUGCAGACAUCUACCUCCUGGACGAUCCGCUCAGUGCAGUAGAUGCAGAAGUGAGCAGGCACCUGUUCGAGCUGUGUGUUUGUCAAGCCUUGUAUCAGAAGAUCGCAAUACUAGGGACUCAUCAGUCGCAGUACCUAAAAGCUGCAAGUCAGAUUCUGGUAUUGAAAGAUGGCAAAAUAGUGCAAAAGGGGACUUACACUACAUUUCCGAAAUCUGGGGUAGAUUUUGAAGAUAUCCUUUUAAAGAAGGUGAACGAGCAGGCUGAACUGUCUCCAGUUCCAGGAACUCCCACUCUGAGGAAUCAGACCUCUGAGUCCUCAGUUUGGUCUCAACAGUCUUCCAGACCCUUGCUGCAAGAUGCCGCUCCAGAGGACCAAGAUACUCAGCAUAUACAGGUUACACUACCACUGGAGAGCUAUUCGGAGGGAAGAGUUCACUUUCAGACCUACAUGAAUUACUUCACAGCCGGUGCUACCAUCAUUUUCCUUCUUCUGGUAAACAUCGCAGCUCAGGUUGCCUACGUCCUUCAGGAUUGGUGGCUUUCAUACUGUCGAGUGAUUCCUGGUCUGACCCAAAGUGCUGUAAAAUCAAGAAGAAGCCGCAGUUUCCCACAGAGUCGGGGAGAGGUGGGGCUUGUUCAGCCCCCUCUUCUGAUGCUCACGACGAAUGGACAGAGUACACUGUGUGCCAUGGUGAAUGGAAAAGGAAACCUAAUUGAGGUGCCUGAUCCCGACUGGUACUUUACAGUUUGUUCAGUUCUAACUGUAGGUACUGUCCUUUUCGGCAUCACAAGAUCUCUGUUGAUAUUCUGCGUUCUUGUUAAUUCUUCACAAAUUUGGCACAACGAAAUGUUGGAGUCCGUUUUGAGAGCUCCGGUAUUGUUCUUUGAUAGAAAUCCAAUAGGAAGAAUUUUGAAUCGUUUCUCCAAAGACAUUGGGCAUAUGGAUGACUUGCUGCCCCUGACAUUUCUUGAUUUCAUCCAGACAUUUCUCCUUGUGACUGGUGUGGCCGGCGUGAUGGUGGCUGUGAUUCCUUGGACUGUGAUGCCCCUGGUUCCCCUCGGCAUCAUUUUCUUUGUUCUUCGGCAAUAUUUCUCAGAGACGUCAGGAGAUGUCAACCGCCUGGAAUGUGCAGCACAGAGCCUAGUGUUUUCCCACUUAGCAUCUUCCUUCCGGGGACUCUGGACCAUCCGGGCGAACAAUGCUGAACAGAAGUUUCAGGAACUGUUUGAUGCGCACCAGGACUUGCAUUCAGCUUUGGAUGCUGGUAAGGUGGGCCUGGCGCUGUCUCUCGCCCUCACGCUCAUGGGGAUGACCCAGUGGUGCGUCUGGCAAAGCGUCAGAGUUGAGAAUAUGAUGAUUUCAGUAGAAAGAGUGAUUGAAUAUACAGACCUCGAGAAAGAAGCACCCUGGAAAUACUUCUUUCAUCUUCCACCACCAGCCUGGCCCCAUGAAGGACAGAUUUUCUUUCAAAAUAUUAACUUAAGGUUGGCAUUGUGGGAAGAACAGGAGCUGGAAAAAGUUCCCUCAUCGCUGCCCUUUUUAGACUGUCAGAACCUGAAGGUGAAAUUUCCGUCUACGGGAUCUUUUAAAGAAGCCAUCAAAAGUGUUCCUGGCAAAAUGGAUACUGAAUUAGCAGAAUCAGGAUCGAACUUCAGUGCUGGACAGAGACAACUGGUGUGUCUUGCUAGGACUAUUCUCAGGAAAAGUCAGAUAUUGAUUAUUGACAAAGCCACAUCAAAUGUGGACCCAAGAACUGAUGAGUUAAUACAAAUAGUCCAUGAGAAAUUUGUUCAGUGCACUGUGCCAACCAUCACAAACAGAUUGACCACCAUUAUUGACAGCGACAGGAUAAUGGUUUUGCAUUCAGGGAGACUAGAAGAAUACGAUAAGCCAUAUGAUUUGCUGCAAGAUAGAGACGGCCUGUUUUACAAGAUGGUGCAACAACUGGGCAAGGACGAGGCUGCUGCCCUCAUUGAAACAGAAGAACAGGUGCACUUCAAAAUAACAUAGACAGAUAUUACUCACAGUGACCAUGUGGUUAUGAACGCUUCCAAUGGACAGCCCUCAGCCUUAACAAUUUUUAAGUCAGCACCGUGAUUCUACCAUGAGGUCAAGUCUAUUCCGAAGGCAUUUCUCCAAUAGUUUUUGCUCUGCAUAAGCUACACUGUAUUUUCUUUACACCAGCAACAAAUAUUUACACAUACAAGAUGUUCGUUUAUUUGGAUUAUUUUCUCCAACGAUUCUAAGCUCUUACAAAAGGAUUAUUUUUCUUACCUAAAUCAGAGGUACAGGCCACCAAUAAAAGCUGUCUCCCAGUUUUUGUGCCUUGACAGACUUCAGAGACAAAGCACAUUUUCUAAGGUGCAAGACAAAGUUGUCACAGAUGUUUCUUACUAUUCCCCAAAUUAUAUACCCCUGGUCCAAUUAUAUCAGGGAUUCUAUUUAGUUUAAGUGUGUGAAGUUGCCAUUUUGUCUCACCACUUCCGUUAACAGAACUGGGUUCCAUACCCAAAGACCUCUGGUUAAAAUAGUAAGAGAAAACUAAUAGGAAAAACAAAAAUCUACCUUAGUUUAAGUGACACUGUAUGAGAAAGAGGCAUUCCCCUCUCCAGAAAAAAAAAAAUAGAUAUAGGGUUAAAAUACAGAAGAACAAUAUUGUACGUUCUAAAAGAGAAGGGAGAGAAAAUACACUUUUUCAAAAUAGGAGCCCUUCUAGGGGAUUUCAUAAUGAAGGACAGAUGUAUGAUCGAUUGUCUUUUAGACUGAAGAUCUUAUUUUUUAAUUUUUUUAUUGUGGUAAAAUAUAUAUAACAUAAAAUUUGCCAUAUAACCAUUUUUAGGCAUACAAUUCAGUGUCAUUAAUUACAUUUACAGUGUUGUGCAACCAUCAAUGUCUGGUUAAUUUUUGGUAAUUAUUUUAGGACUUCAGUUUGUUAUUUCUAUAGAGUCAUUUUUGGUACAAUUUAUUUCUCUAGGAGUGGAUCUCCUGUGAGUUUUGAACUUGACUGACAUAAACUUAUUCACAAUAUCUUAUAUGUUUAAACUCUGCAGCACCUAUAAUUGUGGGUUUUUUUUUUUUGCUUUUUAAGGCUUGAUUGAUCCUUUCUGGUUUUUUAAACAUUUUCUAGUUCAUUAUAUUAUUCUUUCUUUCCUUCAACUUUUCAUUUAUUUUGAGAUUUUUUUCAAUUCUUAAACUGGAAACUUAUAUUAGAAAAAGAAUUAAGUUAUAAAUUAAGUACAUAAAGCAUACUUUUGUUUCCUAAGACCCACCUUAGCUGCAACCUACAAGUUUUGGUGCUUAGCACUGAUCAAUAACCAUAGUAUUAGGUAAUUUCUAAUUUAACUCAAUUAUAUCUUUUACCCAUGAGUUAUUCAUAAGUAUAAUGUCCUCUAAAUUUCAAAUGCUAAUGUACUUUUUCUAUUAGAUUGAACCAUGUGGAAUUGCUAACAUUCAAUCUUUUUUUAACUUAUAAAAUGGCAGUUUCAUAUGGUUCAACAUAACAGUUUUCUUUUGUUAUUAAUAGAUAAUUUCAUUUUGGUCAGACAACAUUAGAUUGAGGAUUUUAAACCAAAGGUAACCACAUUUACCCACAAAGUCCUUGUUUCCACCAUUUUGUAUUUUACUUGGUGAUUCUAAAAUGUUAUAUGUGUAACCAGUAAUUUUCAAAUAAAAAUCCUCCCCAAGUACUAGAAUGUUUUCUGAUACAUGCUGCAAGUUGGUUCUCUGGGAUACAGACCCAGAUGGAGUUUAGUGUUGGGAUGUUUAUUAGGGGUGCCCUUGGGACCAAUACUUGCAGAAGCGAGAGGGAAGAAACAAGUUAGGGCAGAGGGAGAAAUCAAGCUGGAACACUGGCCAAUAACUUUAGAUGACCCCAUGGGGGCUCUGGAAUGAAGACGGCCCUUCAGGGUUUCCUGACAUGUCCAAUAGCCAGGCCCUUAUACCUCCACCUUGAUGGGUCACUGCAUACAGGCUGCCCCCAGAGGAGCUGAUGGCUAAAGACUGCCCACUAGCAGCACGUCCAGCAGCUGGGGCAACAAGUCCUUGAAGGGAGGUCUGGACAGUACCUCUCCGUGCCCCCCCAUGGCAUGUGUCACAACUCCAGAGGUAGAUAAUUAAAAUGUACUGUGGCAGAAAACUCUUGGUGACUGACAUUUAAGUCAGAAUGACUAAGUGAUCCUCCUCAAUAUCCUGUGGUCUAAAAAAAGAGAAGAAGGUCCAUGUAGGGGAGAUAGCCUCACUCUCUAGGGUCAGCCCAGUUUUCACCUCUUCUAGGAAGCCACCUUAAGAUCAAUCCUCAUCCUAGGUAACUCAUAUUUCUGUAAUACCCUGACCGCCUCUCGUUUGUUAAACCCAACCAUACUUGGUUAGUGUCCUGUUGUUGCUAUCUUGAAAUAAUUUCUAAACAAUGGACCCUGCUUUUUCCAUUUUGCACUGGGCCCUUUAAAAUAUGUAGCCUGCCCUGACUAUGAGUAUUUGUAGGUGGUCUGUUUUCUCACUGUUAGUUCCCUGGUCACAAGAAAAGAAAGAAUGGAGUGCUCAUGGAAUAGGCAAGUCCAGCCUGUAUAUAGUUUAAAGGGGGGAUCAGGUCUUGAAAUAAACCCACACACUACUCAUGGUCAGUUAAUCUAGGACAAAGAAUAUAGGCAAAAAUAUACAAUGGGGAAAAGACAUUCUCUUCAAUAAGUGGUGCUGGGAAAUCUGGACAGCUACAUGUAAAAGAAUGAAAUUAAAACAUUCUCUAACACCACAUACAAAAAUAAACUCAAAAUGGAUUAAAGACCUAAACAUAAGGUCAGACACUAUAAAACUCUUAGGGGAAAACAUAGGCAGCACUCUGACAUAAACUGCAGCAAUGUCUUUUUUUGAUCUACCUCCUAGAGUAAUGAAAAUAAAACCAAAAAUAUGCAAAUGGGAUCUAAUUAAACUUAAAAGCUUUUGCACAGCAAAGGAAACAACAAACAAAACGAAAGAAAACCUAUGGACUGGGAGAGCAUAUUUGCAAAUGAUGUUUUGACCAACAAAGUAUUAAUUUCCAAAAUAUACAAACAGCUCGUAUAGCUCAGUAUCAAAAAAAAAAAAACCCAAUCAAAAAAUGGGCAGAAGACCUAAAUAGACAUUUCUCCAAAAAAGACAUACAUUGGCCAACAGGCACAUGAAAAGAAGCUCAAUAUCACUAUUAGAGAAAUGUAAAUCAAAACUACAGUGAGGUAUCACCUCACACCGGUCAGAAAGGCCAUGAUCAAAAAGUCUACAAAUAAUAAAUGCUGGAGAGGGUGCGGAGAAAAGAGAACCCUCCUAUACUGUUGGUGGGAAUGUAAAUGGGUACAGCCAGUAUGGAAAACAGCAUGGAGGUUCCUUAAGAAACUAAAAAUAUGGGCUUCCCUGGUGGCGCAGUGGUUGAGAGUCCGCCUGCCGAUGCAGGGGUCACGGGUUCGUGACCCGGUCCAGGAGGAUCCCACAUGCCGCGGAGCGGCUGGGCCUGUGAGCCAUGGCCGCUGAGCCUGCGUGUCCAGAGCCUGUGCUCCGCAACGGGAGAGGCCACAACAGUGAGAGGCCCGCAUACCGCAAAAAAAAACCACAAAAAACUAAAAAUAGAGUUACUAUAUGAUCCAGCAAUACCACUCCUGGGCAUAUAUCCGGAAAAGACGGAAACUCUAAUUCAAAAAGAUACAUGCACCCCGAUGAUCACAGCAACACUAUUUACAAUAGCCAAGACGUGGAAACAACCUAAAUGUCCAUCGAUAAAUGAAUGGAUAACGAAGAUGUGGUAUAUAUAUACAAUGGAUUACUCAGCCAUAAAAAAGAAUGAAAUAAUGCCAUUUGCAGUAACAUGGAUGGAGCUAAAGAUCAUACUAAGUGAAAUAAGUCAGGCAGGGAAAGACAAAUACCAUGAGAUAUCACUUACAUGUGUAAUCUAAACUAUGAUGCAAGUGACCUUAUUUACAAAACAAGCAGACUCACAGAUAUAGAAAAGAAACUUAUGGUUACCAAAGGGGAAACUGGGGGAGAGAUAAAUUAGGAGUUUGGGAUUAACAGAUACACACUACUAUAUAUAAAAUAGAUAAACAGCAAGGACCUACUGUAUAGCACAGGGAACUGUACUCAAUAUCUUGUAAUAACCUAUAAUGGAAAAGAAUCUGAAAAACAUUAUAUGCAUAACUGAAUCUUUGCUAUAUACCUGAAACUAACACAAUAUUGUAAAUCAACUAUACUUCAAUUAAAAAAGAUACUAAGUCCUUC